AUGAAAGAGGGUAAACGAGUGUGGAGAAAGACAACCAAGGCAAAAGCAAUUCGUGAACCGAUCGUGGAGUUUAUAUCUUAUCUUAACUUUCUUUUUGUACUUCAAACACCGAGGCCAUAUUCGUACUUGCCUCGAUGGCAGAGUAUCUCCUAA